AACAAUUUCGACCAUUCGUCGAAAUAAAGCAAAUACUCGUAAAACGCACCACUAUCCGAUCAUUGGUAUCAAAGUUCCGAGGAGCUUGUCUCCACUUCUCCCAUGCCCUCAUUCACGACUUCCAGCUCUCCUCAAAUACCCGCGCACUCCACAAAACUUCACCGUCACUCUGUCCAGGACGAAGCGUCAGAAUUCGCCGUAGCAACAUCUAGUUCGACAUAUGCCAUCGCUGAAGAAGAGUUUGAAAGUGAAUCUGAAGAGAGGACGUUGAGAGGGAGGUUGAGGGACAUCAUGUCAGAUAAUCAGAUGGUGAUCAACACGUUUAUUGCGGGCGGGCUUGCUGGAGCUGCUAGCAGAACGGUUGUUAGUCCUCUGGAAAGACUGAAGAUUAUUCUCCAAGUACAGGCAUCUGGUAGCAAAUCUGGUGUUGGGCAAGCGUACGCUGGAGUUUGGGAGUCCUUGGGACGGAUGUGGAAGGACGAGGGCUGGAGAGGGUUCAUGAGGGGUAACGGCAUCAACGUUGUCCGAAUAUUACCAUACUCGGCUUUACAAUUCACAUCGUAUGGAGCAUUCAAGGGUGUCUUAUCGACAUGGUCUGGCCAAGAGGCGCUCUCAACACCGUUGCGCUUGACAGCAGGUGCAGGUGCAGGUGUCGUUGCUGUUGUUGCCACAUAUCCUCUAGAUCUCGUUCGAGCUCGGUUAUCCAUCGCAACGGCGAACAUGGCAGUUCGUCAGCCUGGAGCAGCGUUCACAAAUGAAGACGCAAGAUUAGGUAUAGUCGGUAUGACCAAGAAAGUGUAUAAGGCCGAGGGGGGGUUAAGAGGCCUGUAUCGAGGUUGUUGGGCCACAGCUUUAGGAGUGGCGCCUUACGUGUCGCUGAACUUUUUCUUCUAUGAAUCCGUCAAAACCCACGUCCUUCCUGAUCCGCCUUCCCCCCCAUUAUCAGAAACGGACCUCGCUCUCCGUAAACUCUUCUGCGGCGCCGUCUCUGGCGCCUCUUCCCUCAUCUUCACCCACCCCUUUGACGUGUUGAGAAGAAAGCUGCAGGUGGCCGGCUUGUCUACCCUCACUCCGCAUUAUGAUGGAGCAAUCGAUGCUAUGAGGCAGAUAAUAAGGAAUGAAGGUUUUUGGAAGGGGAUGUAUCGUGGAUUGACACCUAAUUUGAUCAAAGUGACACCAUCGAUCGCAGUUUCGUUUUACGUCUUUGAGCUUGUUCGGGAUUCUUUAGAAGCUUUAUAACUUUGGGAAAAACAAAAAGGUGGUACUUUUUUACUUUCGAUCUAGCAUAUUUUCAUCGUUUAUUUUGCAUAUGCAUACUGCAUGAAUUUCCAUU